GGAGUAUUGAUUAUGAAGAAUCUAUGGUUCGGUUCAAAUGACCUACUCGUUACUGUACGGUCAGACAUAUUCACCGGACAACCUCUUGAUAUCUGUAUGCUUUUGAAGCAAUGAAUGAUUUACGGCUCUCAUUCGGCAAUGCCUCGCAAGUACAGCAUCAUGUUGUAUUUCUGCACCAUGCUGUAGCAUUUACCCUCAAGCUUUUCUUUGAAAAAGUAUUUUUAAACCUUGGAUUCUGCCGGAGAACAACUUUGGUCACCCACAUCUUCCCUACCUUCUGAUCAAGUUUUGGGCAUAUCUCAAAUCUCAAAGGUCCACGCUAUGAGUGUGCCUGUGCGCAAGAUGGACGCUAAAUCCACUUCAUUCAAGUCUACGACUAUGAAUCAAUAUGAGAAAGACAUAGAGUCUUUUCUUGUUCCUUCCUAUUACACAAAAAUCAACAAUACUUUCAGAAAGACAUUCCUUAGCAUUACAUACAGAACCAUUUCUGACAAUUCAACUCACAUUCAACAGAAAAACAUUCGACGCCGAAAUAUGUCUCACCUUUGGCUUGUCAAAGAAAAAAACCACUCUGACUAUGGUCUUAAAUGGCAGGAAGUGAUUGCUACCAAUCAAGCUCCCAAUGUCGUCCUCGGUCCACACAGCUAUCAUUAUCCCCCAAAGAAGAGCGUGUUUGCUGUUCAAGGUCCAAAAGAUCAGCCAUAUAUUCAAGACUUCGAAAACAACAUCCGCUUACCACUCCAAGAUUUUCUUGUCUCCCGGCUAUCUGAUUGUACAUGGACCUUGAACGUUCUCCGACUUGGCUUUGAGGGCAACAGAUAUGACAAUCCCAUUGUCAUUCAUCUAUUUGUUCAAACCCCAGACUACUUCCCCGACAAUGCGGACAAUUCUAUCAAGGUUCUGGAAGGCAUCGAGGAGGUUGUUUCCCAAAAUAAGAAGACCCUCGAAGAGGACGUAUCUCUUUAUACUCACUUCAACUCAUUCUUCAUCGACAUCUGCCAAAUUCAUGGCUCAACACUAACAGGCUCCAUACCGCAAAGAUAUGGAGAGAUUAAUCUCACUCAUAAUUUGGCAAACAUUUAUGAAGAAUACACUCCACGACCUGGUAUCUCGAUUGGGCGUGAAGAUUACACGAUUGCUUGCUCCUUGACUGGCUUCCUGAAACAAAAUGAUGACAUCUACAGUCUCACUUGCAGACAAGUUGCUUUUCCGGACGACAACUUUCGAUCUGAAUACAAAUAUCGAAAUGGAGAGGAAAAAUUGCAAGUAUCUAUACCCGCACUGAAGGAUCAUGUCGAGACCAAGAGAAGAUUGAAAUCUACUCUUGACAGUAUCGAAUUCGCAAUCAAAAAUUCAGCAUUUAAAGAUGCAGCGAAUAUUGAUAAAAAGUAUAGAAACGAAAUUCUUCGAAAGGCCGCUCUCAUUCGAUACAAUGACGCUGAAGACUACUGCCCUAAUGCUGGCUACGUUUCUGCUGCUCCAGAGGAACGGCGCAAAGUUCCUAGUUAUGUUGGAAAUCUCGAUUGGGCUAUCAUCCAUAAUGUUUGCGCUGCUCCCAGUAACACAUUACCCCAAGCAAGAUUUCUAAAGAACCUCAAAUCUCCAACUUGAUUCAAAGCAAACAAGAAGAAUGCCAGUGGUCAAACGAUGAAUGCAAAGCAUUUGAUUCGAAAUGCCAGAUGUUACAAGAUUCCGAGGAAUUUGUUAUCAAGCACCCCAGCCCAUCUUCGGUUCUUUGCACAAAUAAAGUCUACUUCAAGGCACCGAGUCCAACAUUGGAUUGGUUGGCAUGCGAAAUGAAUUGCUUCAAAAGCAUCCACCAUCGAGAAGGCCA